AUGUCAAAUUCUAUUAUUUCAUUAUCUCUUGCUUUUGUUACUCAACAAGUGAUCAUUUAUGUGGGCUCGUUUCUUUUUGUUGCUGGUCUUAUUGGUAAUUCCUUAACUCUAGUUGUUCUUUUAAGUCUUCGAACUUUUCGACAAAAUUCAUGUGCAUUCUAUUUAAGUAUUAUGUCAAUUGUUAAUACAUUCUAUUUAUUUAUUGGUUUAUUCACUUUUAUUAUGAUUAAUGGAUUUACAAUCAAUUGGUUAAAUAUGUCAUUAUUCUAUUGUAAAUUUCGUCCAUUCUAUGUUCAAUUCUGUAUAUUGAUAUCCUUUUCAUGUAUGUGUCUGGCAACUAUUGACCAAUUCUUGACAACGUGUUCUAAAAUUCGUUGGCAACAAUACUGCAAUAUCAAAUUAGCUCGUUAUAUGUUAAUCGGUACAGCUAUAAUAUCGAUUCUACAUGGAAUUCCAAGUAUAUUAUAUUAUGGUCACAUUCCAUCAUCUAUGACGAAUCAAUCCACAUGUGUCAUUACAAACACUGUUUUUCAAACAUACUUUACUGUUUUUCAAGUGCCUGUUCUGACAAGUACGUUACCAGUUAUUAUUAUGAUCAUAUUUGGAAUUUUAGCAUAUCGAAAUGUUCAACAAAUUGCUUAUCGAACUAUUCCAUUAAUUCGACGAGAAUUAGACAAACAAUUAACAUCAAUGGUUCUUGUACAAGUUUUCUAUGAUGUUAUUGCUGUUAUACCAUCGGCUAUUGUUAGUAUAUUUAUUGCUAUUUAUAAUAUUUCGAACAAUUCACUUAUGGCAGCACAAUGGAAUCGUAUCUCAACUUUAGCAAUAAUAAUAUACUUUUUUCGUCUUGUCGUAAAUAUGAAUUAUUUUAAAAUGAUAUUAUAA